AUGACUUUGGGUCCUUUUAGGUUUUUUAAAAAUUACAGGAAUCCUUGUUUUUAUCGUAAUGUGACAUACUUGGGUGGUAAGGAAUUGAAGACGCCGACGCUUACUAUUCGCUGUCUCCCUUACUUUUUCAUUGUUGGUAUGCCAAAAAGUGGUACUACAGAUGUCUGGCACGGGUUAGAGCAACACCCAGGAGUUGUCAUCAGACACGGAAAAGAACCUAUGUACUUUACCAGGAGGCGUUAUCCAAGAGCAAAUUGGAGUCUAGAUCAGUACUUAGACCAUUUUGACGUUGCAGCUGAUAUAAUUAAAUCAACACCAUCACCAGACAAAUGGACAAAUGAUGACUUGUAUUACUUCCUGGUUACAGGCGAAGGUACAGUUGACGUGUCACAUGACAACGACAGAUGGCAGGAAAUCGCUGGGAAUAAAGAUUGCAACGAACCUCGUAUUUUAAACGCUCAUUACCUUUACCAUUUGAAUCCGAACAUGAAACUUAUAUUUAUGAUGAGGGAUCCAGUUGAUAGGGUAUAUUCUGACUAUUUAUACGAAUCUCAGUUUUUCGGAUAUAAUAAAACGGUAGAAGAUUUCCAUCUUGCAGUUCUUGAAUCCAUGACUAAACAUAUGUUAUGCCGAAAACAUUACACAGAAAGAAGUUGUGCUUACAAUUCGUCAUUAGAAUCAUUUAAGGCUCGUUUAAGAGUAGGAAUGUAUCAUGUAUUUUUAGAAGAUUGGUAUAGAGUCUUUCCAAAAGAACAAGUAAUGGUAAUCAAAUUUGAGGAAUAUAUGCGAAAUCGUAUUAAGUACUUGAAAGAAGUGUUCAAAUUUUUGAAAUUGAGACCAAUAUCAGUAGUCGAAGAGAAAAAACAAAGAAAACGAAGCAUAUCAAAUACAAGAAGUAAAGAAGACCGGCAGAUUGGAGACAUGUUGAAGAAAACUAGAAUUUUAUUGCAAGAAUUUUAUUAUCCUUUUAAUAAACACUUGUCAAUUUUACUACAGGAUAAUAAAUACAUGUGGGGUAGCUGACAGGAAUGAUCAGUAUUGUGUUCACGCUGCAUGGGAACAUUCAGUAUAAAAACAAAUUCACUUCUACAAGUAAACUUAAAAGACUUUGUGAAAUUAAUGAAUUGCACAAUAGUAUGUGAGCUGUGUGAUAUAAAGCUUUGAGUUUGAUUGGAUUUAUCAAAACGUGAAAUUUAACAAGUUAAAAUCUAACAGGUAUUUGGGUUAACAUAUUUUACAUACAUAUUGUAAAUGUAUUUGAAGUCAUGAUAUUCAUAUUGAAAGUUAUAAUUAGAUAAUAAAGAACAUUUAGAAUGUUGAACAUUCAUUCGUAUUUUACAAAAAAAUUACCAAAAAGGUGCAUAUCUAUAGACUUGCUGACACCAAAGAGGAGUUUUCCUUAUUUAUUUU